AUUACUACCGAAGGAAAGCUGCACGUUUCCUGUAGCUUCGUUCAGCAGGUUAAGUCAGUGUAGGUUAAUUGUAGAAAAAUGGCAAACGUCGACCUCGUUCAACUCGGAAAGAACCUGUUAAAGAGCGGUGAAACUGGAGAGAGUGUGGAGCUCCAGUCCCUGUGGCAGGACCAGCCGGUGGUCUUGUUCUUCCUGCGCAGGUUUGGCUGUCAGGUGUGUCGGUGGAUGGCAACGGAGAUCAGCAAACUGGAGCCCGACCUGAAAGCCAGCGGUGUAGCCCUGGUGGGGGUCGGACCGGAGGAGUUUGGGCUGAAGGAGUUCAUGGAAGGAGAGUUUUUCAAAGGAUCCAUUUAUGUUGAUGAACACAAGAAAAGCUACAAGGAUCUGGGCUUCAAAAGAUACACAGCAUUGUCUGUGGUACCUGCUGCUUUGGGGAAGAAAGUACGAGAUGCAGCUGGAAAGGCCAGUGCUGAAGGCAUCAAGGGAAACUUCUCAGGAGAUCUGCUCCAGAGCGGAGGCAUGCUCAUUGUGGCCAAAGGAGGAGAAAAGGUCCUACUGCACUUUAUCCAGGAUUCACCAGGAGACCACGUACCUCUGGAGGAUAUUUCCACGGCCUUGAGUAUCUCAUCCAAAGCAAAAACAGGACAGAUGCCAGUGUGCAAUGAUGAUGUUUGUACACGAUGAGGACAGCUGCACAUCCUACCAGAUGAAUCUCUACACAUCUGGAAGCUAAAAUGGAGAUUUGAAGUGGAAUGUCAGUGAAAUCAUGAGCUGCACAUAAAACUACUGCCAAUAUUCUUAAUUGCUUUUAAUUUCUUUGUGACAGCCACAUAAUAUGUAAAUCUACAGGGAAAGCAACAGCAACAUUUAAGUGACAUUUUAAUUGUAUGUGGAUUGUGUUUCUUGAACUAAUAUUGGCUUUUUAUGAAUUUGCACUUAUUACAAUUUAUAAAAUAAAUAAUUUUAUUUAUAUAAAAAACAUUAUUUGCUUUAAUUAAUGAGCAGUUCCAUGCAGACGUGAGUGGAGUUCAGUUAAAGGUGAGGAGGUCUCUUACUUGAUGACAUAGGUAUACUGACCAUAUGGAAGAUCAAUUGUUUAUUACAUUUAAAAUGAAAAACUCUUGUGGCUCCAUCACAAAACUAAAGUGUUUUCUUUACUCGCCUACAGCGAGAAUUCUUCACUUUAUAUCCACUGCUGUGUUGACUCUCCAUCAAUGUGUUGACCUGAGACUAGAAUAGCAUGAUUAUGUCACCUCCAGUGUCUCAACGUUUUGAGAUAAAAAUACACAUUGUGUUUUUGAGUGCUUUUACAGGAUCACAAAUGCAUGAAUAGAAUUUAUAAUGAACUAAAAUGGCAAGAACCAUUAAAAAACUUCUUCACAGAUUUUGAAUUAAUGUUUUUAUAUAAAUCUAUUAAAUAAAAAUUACACAUUUAAAUUUGAGACUUGAGAUCGUACCAGUUGAGACAGUCACUUUAAUGGCAAUCUAGAUAAUUACAUAGCAGCAGGAACAUUCAUAAAACAUCUUUAACGUCUAAAUUCUUGCAAAGCAACAAUGUUAUAUCAUAAAUAUUCAUGUAGAUAAAUAAACUCUUCUGAUGGGUAUAUAGAUGAAACAUCUUCAUAUAUAACAAUAAUGUAUUUGUACUUGGCUGGUAAUUUUAAAACGACACAAUUUCACCAUGUACGUAAAUGUGAAGCUAGAACUAAGGUAAGAGAUGUACGCCUCCUUUCUUACCCGAUUUAAAUUCUUUAUAUGUAAAUACUGCAGAAUAGAACAUCAAGUAUCUACAAUAACACAUUCUAUAUGAUAUACCCUUUAAUGUUCAGUUAACAGUUUAGAACGGUUUUACUCCUUUAGAGGAAAACAGACAAAAUAAGGAGUCUAAGCUGUCGCCCUUCAAACAGCAGCCUGGGUCAAAUCCGACCUGUACGAUUUACAGACGGAGUAGUUUGACAUUUGGGGUAGGACGCUUCAUCGCUUUCUGGAGUAGACUGAGAUGAGAAGACUGAUACCACUCUCGAUUGUUUGUCUGUUAAAAAUAAGGCUUCAGCCAUCAGUAAGUAAGACUGGAAACGGGAAGACAGCUUUCCUGACUCAGUCAACUUGAAACAAAAUCAACCUGUUUAGUGGUUCACCCAAGUGUUACAUUUAUAUUAGUCCAGCAUAUAUGGCAAAUUAGUGACGACAGUUUUAGUGUUGCUGAAAGGCAGAUUCUGUUAAUAAUGCCAGACUUGUAUGGAGCCAAGACAUUGGCUUUAGAUCUGAGCAUUAAAACUAAAAGUUGUAUUGGCACUGUAAAAAGUUUUAAACGCGGGUGUUCAAAAAAAAUCAAUUUUUCCAAUAAAGAAUGAGGUCAACACACUUGUUAAUUUUGUGACCCUUCUUUUUCAAUGAUUAUCCCUUUUUGUUUUCCAUGUCACUCUUCUUUCAGGCUGACAGCUUCUAGUCAGUGUUUACUACAGAGUUUGACAGAGGGCCUCUGGAACAAGUGUUAGGUUUUCAACACAAGUUUUUAAAUAGUAUUUCAAUAGUUUCUUUUUUUGAUCAGUUUAUUUUUUCAAAGCCAAAAUCUAGUCCCUGUUCUAAUCUCGUCAAUCUCACUUGACCCACCAGAUGGUUAUAAGCAUCUGAGAAACCGCCGUUAGAAACUGAAGAAUGAAAACAUCUUUUCCAUUGAGGAAAGCCUUCAGUGUCGUUCUUUGCUCCUAUAUUUUCCAGUUCUGAAAUAACUGAUGCUGCUGCAGCAUCUAAACUAAAUGUCUUCAUAAGCAGCAAUUGUUGUUAAGAACGAACAGUUGUCCCUCCGUGCCGUCUCACACACACCUAAGCCACUCAUUGCUGUCUGUUGAUUCAUAUUUAACAAACAGAUAUGAAAAUGUAUACAUUUCCUCAUCUAAGUGUUGAACUCUCAAAAUGUCAAACUUUUGCCACACUAUCACUACUUACAUGGUAGUUAAUCAAUGUGUCCUCUCCCUCUGCUAAACACAACAGUAUUUGCCAAUAUGCGAAGAUGGAGAGACAGACUUUGAGUAAAGCUUCUAUAUGCACAUUCAAUUCGGCAGCCUCUGUUGAGACCUAAAAAGUUGUGUUCAGGUUACCAAGGCAUCCUGAAUGUGAGUAAUGACAAGCAAACAUUCAAAACUGCAUUGUGUAUUUGUUUUUCUGCUGUGUUUGAAAGCUUUCUUCAGCACAAAAACGGUGGCUUCCUGCAGCCAGUACCUCUCUGAUGAGUUCUGCUAUGCUUUGAUUCUCCUGU